UGCCCUAUCUAGGUAGUCGCUGGGAACCACUGGAGGCCACCCACAACAGAAGUGCCUUGUUUUCCAGGCGUGGAGGGCCAUACUCCCUAACUCCAAACACUGGCAGCGUGGAAGUUUGGAGAGAGGUGUCCCACACCAGAUGCUGAGCCCUGCAGGUGACUGGCCCAAGAGUAACAGGGGCCCGUGACGGCCACUCUAACAUCUGAAGCCAUGGCCAGUGGGGAAGACGAGCCGAGGAACUGUGCGGUGUGUGGGGACCGAGCCACAGGCUACCACUUCCAUGCCCUGACUUGUGAGGGCUGCAAGGGUUUCUUCAGACGAACCGUCACCAGAAGCACUGGUCUCACCUGCCCCUUUGCUGGACGCUGUGAGGUCAACAAGAUCCAGAGACGUCACUGCCCAGCCUGCAGGUUGCAGAAGUGCCUGGAUGCUGGCAUGAAGAAGGACAUGAUCCUGUCGGCAGAGGCCUUGGCGCUGCGGCGAGCAAAGCAGGCCCAGCGGCGCGCGCAGCGAGCACCCAGCCAGCUGAGCGACAAGCAGAAAGAGCUGGUCCGGACUCUCCUGGGGGCCCACACCCGCCACGUGGGCACCAUGUUUGACCAGUUUGUGCAGUUCAGGCCUCCCGCUCAUCUGUUCGUCCGCCACCAGCAUUUGCCCGUCUCGGUCCCUGUACCACCUCUGCUGACGCACUUCGCAGAGAUCAACACCUUCAUGGUGCAGCAAAUCAUCAAGUUCACCAAGGAUCUGCCCCUCUUCCGGUCCCUGCCCAUGGAGGACCAGAUCUCCCUUCUCAAGGGAGCGGCUGUAGAGAUCUGCCACAUCGCCCUCAACACCACCUUCUGCCUCCAAACACAAAACUUCCUCUGUGGGCCACUCCAUUACGCGAUAGAGGACGGAGCCCACGUGGGCUUCCAGGAACAGUUUUUAGAGCUGCUCUUUCGCUUCCACGGGACCCUGAGACGACUCCAGCUCCAGGAGCCCGAGUAUGUGCUCAUGGCCGCCGUGGCCCUCUUCUCUCCCGGUGAGCGUCCCCAAAGCCCAGAGGGGCGCCUCCGCCUCUGCCCCCACUCCCAGCCCCGUGAACCCACCCACGACCGGGGCUCUGUCUUCAAACCCAGCCUGGGCCCGUUCCGCAUGGCAGGCCCGCGCCCGACCCCACCCGUCCUUCCCCGCCACCCCCACCUCCUUCCAGACAGGCCUGGGGUUACCCGGAGGGAACAGAUUGAUCAUCUGCAAGAGGUGACAGCACUGACCCUGCAGAGCUACAUCGAAGGCCAGCAGCCAAGGCCUGGGAGUCGGUUUCUGUAUGCGAAGCUGCUGGGCCUGUUGGCCGAGCUCCGGAGCAUUAACAACGCCUUUGGCUACCAAAUCCGGCACAUCCGGGGGCUGGCCGCCAUGAUGCCACUGCUCCAAGAGAUCUGCAGCUGAGGCCCCAGCCCAUGUGGACACACGGGACUGGGGAAGGGGGAAAUACUGGGGCCAGAGGUUGGGAGCGGUAGAAAGGGAGCCCAGUGGUUGCAAUGAAAGACCAAAGCGAUAA